ACUACUACUACUAAGCGCGCCUACGUCGAGUCCCGUCUCGGAGGUGACGCCGCCGACACCUUGCUCCCUUACCUCAACGAUACCCAUCCCGAUCAGAUCACCACGUACGACGGUAUAAUGGGCCAUUUGCGCGAGGAAUACAAGGAUACCAAACUCGAGGAUACAGCGCGGGACGAAUUGGACAAGCUGAUUAUGUCGACGAAGGACAAGUUUAUGAUUUUCAAGAACAAAUUCGUCAAACUGGCAGGUCAGAGCGGCCUUCCGAAGCGAAGCUGGAAGCGGGAAUUGCACCGCCGCCUGCCUACCAACUUGCGAGUCGCAAUGGUUAUAUACCACCAGGAUACCAACGUCUCGUUUGACGCCUACGUCCGUACGGCCGAUGGCAUCUCCUAUGACCUCACCAAAGCCUACGCCUCGCGGACCGAAGAUAAGAAUAAGACCAAGACCACCUCGAUCAAGAAGACCACAGGAGGGUCUGUUAUUCCACGUGCUGGAGGACCAGCCCGGACCACCGGAGGCGCUGUUGACGAGGGACAGAAGGGCAAACUGAGUGUGGAGGAGAUGCGUGGACUUAUCCGGACAGGCAAAUGUUUCCAAUGCCGUGAACCGGGCCACAUUAGCAGGAACUGCCCCAACGGUGACACCGGUCGCCCCACCAUUUCCGAGGACCGAGUUAACCAAAUUAUUGCAAGCUACCAUGGAAAGGGUACCGAUAUGUUUGGAGAAGACGUCGUCAUGUCGGAAAACUGAUUGCCCUGGGGAAAUUGGACUCCCUCCCAGGGAAGGUGUGGCCAACCACCGAGAUGUGCGAAUUGAGAGAAAAAAUCGCUGCAAAGCAAAGGCUGCUGGAAGAGCCGAUACCCUACGAUUUCUUACGUAGAUAUCUAGGCGGCGACCCCAUGCUUAUAGCGGCCAGCAUUUCCCUAAAUGGACUCAAUUAUAACACUCGUGCCUUGAUUGACACCGGAGCAAAUGGGUACGUUUUUAUCAGCAAACAACUUGCUCGGCGACUGUACACAACGUUGAAAGCCCCUAAGAUUGUCGGCUUCCACCCCCAAAAGGUUGGAGGCUAUGACGGAAAAGCCUCGCAACAGAUCGAUACUGCUGCAUUGGCCACUUUUGUGAUACAGGGCCGGAGGUUCCGCGAAACGCCGAUGCUGGUAUUGGAUAUGCCACAAGAGAUGAUCGUGGGACGACUCUUCCUGGCGGAGCACGGAAUACUUACUGACUGUCGUCACCGACGGCUCCAAUUCCCGGAAAGCCUACCCUCAUUGGCGGUAUGUUAUCGAGAUAUCGACAUGACCCAAUCACCAGAUCCGAGGUCUGUGAGCCCCAUACACCAGUCGGACGCGGAUCGUCGAGAUGCGGCCCUGGAAAAGAAAGAUCAAUCGGCCUCCCGACAACGAAUGAUACAACGACGAAUCCAAGCCUUGGAAAAAAUGACAGAACGCCCUCCGUCGAUACCCCGGAGAGCAAAACUGCUGGCCAGGUCGGGACAGACCUGGGAGAUCCCCACGGCCCGGGAAACUUACGCCGAUCCGAAUUUACAGGAGAUGCAACGGGAACUUUACGACCUGCCGAGGCCAAAGGUUGAAGUGACAAGCCUGAG